UCAGGAAGAUCUCAUCAUGUACCUGUUGGUGGUGGUCGUCUCUCUUCUGCUGAACUCUGUUCCUGCUCAGAGCCGUCCUGUUGAGGAUUUAACUGAAAAGAUCUCUGGGAAAAUGGGUAACAUCACUGAGAAAGAUGACAUGCCAGUGUCAACUAUAAUCGAGACCAACAAACAUGCAGGACAGCAAGUGGAUGGGCCCUUGAUCACAUUUGGAGACAUCGCCGUAUCAACAGGGUUCAAGAAUGCAGAUCCUUGCACAGCUCGUGGGUGCAAAUGGGAGAGAAGCACAGAUGGAUUAGUCUAUGUGCCAUACGUAAUCUCCAAAAAGUACACUCCAGAUGAACUACAAGUGAUUAAACAAGGCUUGCAGUCUUUUGCGGGUGUUUCCUGCAUUCGAUUCGUACCACAUGAAGGGCAGAGGCACUUUCUCUACAUAAUGUCUGAUUCUGGUUGCUAUUCAUAUUUGGGGCGCCAAGGUGGAGGACAGGUUGUUUCUCUCCAGCGUCAUGGGUGUGUCUAUCACCGUACUGUUCAACAUGAGCUCCUUCAUGCUCUCGGGUUCCAUCAUGAACAAAACCGCAGCGACCGUGACAAACACAUCAAAAUCCUUCUUGAGAACGUCAUACCUGAAGAGCAGCACAAUUUCAAGAAAACAGAAACCAAUAAUCUGGCAACCCCCUAUGACUACAACUCUGUGAUGCACUAUUCAAGGAAAGCUUUCUCCAGGAACAAUGAGGCAACCAUGAUUCCCAUUCCUGAUAAGAAAGUUGUGAUUGGUGAAGCUCGAAGUAUGAGCCGCAAUGACAUCCUGCGAAUUAACAGACUCUACUGCAGUAUGUUAAGUCUUUACUGUUAUUUGAAUUAAAACAGCAUUUUGUAAGUCUUUGCUGAAAACACCACCUUAGACCACCAUGAAUUUACACACAGUUCCAGGGUGUUUUAUGCUGGUUAGCAGAUGGGCCGCCAUACACUAGCAAUACCUGGUGUAUCAGAAUUUUAUUUUAUUUUUGGUCUUCUUGCUUGACCAAGGUAAUCUUGCGGGCUAAACUAGUCAAGCGGGCUGGUGGCCUUUACAGUGGGAUUUAUAAUUAUUGUAACUCUUAUGACAAAAAAAAUCUUGUCUUUCUUUUCAUGUUCAUUGUUUUUUUAUUUUUUAUUUUUUUUCAGGUUGAAGUGCUGCCAGGCUGCAUGAAGGAUGUGUUUGAUGAUAGUAUUCAUCUUUUCAUUUUAGCAUUCAUCAUUCACUAUCAUCCUUUUUGGAUGUUUUCUUUUUUGCACAUCACAGUUUCAAAUGAUUUUUCGCAUUCUAUCUUUUAAAAAUGAAACAACUUUUAAAAUCAUUUUUCAAUCAGACACCUCAGUACACAUUCAGUAUCAGAGGUUUGUGGAAAAACAAAAGGUGCAUAUAUUAUACACUCAAAAUGCUUUUUAAAU